AUGGUUAUGUGCUUGGACCUUUCUAUUGGCCUGUUUUGGUGGAGCAAUCGAAAGUUUGUCCCACCCAGCGGAAGCACAUUUGCACGGUCAACGCCUCAAGCCAGCUCAAAUAACAACAAAAACUGCAAACACAGGCAUUCAGUAGUAAGAAAUAAUUCAAGGAUACAGACGAACAGCAAAUUCAAACCUCGAACAGAUUCUCGUGCCUCAAAUCCAUCAACACGUCACUUCACAGAUCGUAACCUUAAUCCGAUGGCUCAAAAAUUUGGGAAAUGUGAGUCUUGUGGACAAAACCAUUCCAGAUAUUCAUGCCCCCACAGACGAGCGAAGUGUUUUAUCUGCUGUAAAACAGGACACAUUCAACUUAUCUGUAAGUAUAAAAAAGUGUGUCACUUAACUUCUGACCAUAAUACUGACGUGAAGGCAGCAUUUGAAAAUAUUUCUACUCUUUCUCCAUCUUUUUUGUCCCAAAAUUCGUCACACGCUUUUAAAACGUUGACAUCCGCUUCUGGUCAAAAGCAUGACUUUAUUGUUGAUACUGGUAGUGUUGAGCCCAUCAUUCCACCAUCAGAUCUAAACGCAUUCUACCUCAGUGUCGUGAUAGUGCAUAAAGAUGUUACUAUUCGCGGUAAUACUGGACAUUCUGUACCUCUAAUUGGUAGUUGCUCAACCCCUGUGAGUUUACAUAAAGGUACCUCUACCGAUUGUAAAUUUUUGGUUUCAACGUCGGGACCAUCGAUUACCGGACUCAAAAUUCUGCGCUCACUGCAAAAUAGCAUCACCUGA